UUUGAUGAUAGUUAUGAAGGAUAUUCAGCGAAGAAUUUCACUUUACCAGAAAUCUAUGAAAAACAUAUUUCAACCAUUUUAAUUCCGGGUGGAAUGGUUCGAAGUCGUUUGGAAAGAAUGUCUAUUGAUAUAUUGGAUGAUUAUGAGAAAUCUGGUGUACAAUCUGUCUACGUGAUUUGUAUAUUGAAAGGAGGUUUCAAAUUUGCUUCUGAAAUAUGGAAAACGUUACAAAAGUAUUCAUUUACGCGUGAAAAUUACAUAAGGGUUAGUAUUGACUUCGUCGCUGCAAGUACAUACGUUGAUGAUUCAGUAGGUCAUGAUACCAAAAUCACUCCGUGUACAAAUAUGGAGAAGUUCAGAGAUAAGGAUGUACUCAUUGUGGAAGAUAUGGUUGACACGGGCACAAGUUUAAACGAACUGGAGAGAUUUGUGAAGAAAUACGAACCGAAAUCUGUUCGUUCAGCAUGUUUAUUACUCAAAAGAAUUACGAAUCCCAUUGAAGAAAUACCACCAAAUAGUUCAUUUUCCUGUUUAUCUCUUUGUUUUUCUAGUAAAAACAAACAAUAACUUUUCCUGGAUAUAAACCAACCUAUGUUGGCUUCGAAGUACCGAAUGUAUUCAUAGUUGGUUAUGGUAUCGACUACAACGAUCGCUUCCGUGAAUUGCCACAUGUCUGUGCAGUGAACGAUGAAGGUAAACGUGAAUUCCUUGGCCAAGGUUAACAUCUCUCUCGAGCUUCGUUUAACCGUGUAUUAACCGAGAAAAUAAUCAGAUUUGUGUCGAACGUUCCAUCUUUAAAUGUCAUCACGUAUACAUUAAAGAAAAUGUAUAUUUUAUACAGAAGAGAAUUUAUUUUGUACUAUUUUUGCAAAAAUAUUUGUUUUUUGACAGAUACACUUUGGUUUUUUUUAUUUUUUUUCUGAAUGUUGCAUUUCUUGAUUACGCAUGAGCACGUAGCCUGAAAUUUUGUAUGGGUCAUUUAACUUCUCAGAUUUCAUUAUUUAGUCGUGAUUUCAGAAGUGAAUCUGUUGAUACGUUGACAUUUAUUUUGGGUCAAUAUGUAUUUUGAUUCUCAUCAAAAAUUUUUUUGUUUCUUUAAGAGUUAAAUAUGGAUUGUGUUUAGGACUGAACCGGUAUCUGAAUGCUGACUAGUCACUAUUUAACCUGUUUUAUAUUUGCAAGUUAGGGAAUAAUAACAAGAAUGUCUUUGCUAAUGUUUGUCUUGAUGUUAAUGUUGAAGAUGUUUAGGGUGACGAUCGGUUAUCGAGUCUAUAAUAGGGAAGAAACUUAUAGAUACAUUUGAAAUUAUACUAUUCAAUGUGGUCAGACAUACCCAUGUUAUUUUAAAUGAAACUGGAUUCACCUGUAAAUUACAACUCACUAGGAUUAUAUUUAAAUAAGAAAGAAGUGUUUUCCAUGCUUUCUAUAAAUGCAUCACUAAGGCUUGUCUCAGACUUCCGAAUGAAGAUAUUUGAUGAAGUGAAAAUGAGAGCAUGAAAUGAAAUUCAUAGCAAAAAUUAUUCUCUCACAAGCAGUACUCACUCAAUAAAUGAACGGGAAAUUUCCAAAUAAUACUUGAUACUACACACUUAUUGAACGGAUUGGUAGACCAAUCCACUGCAAAGUUACGUACAUGAAUCCCAUCCGACU